CUGCGAAAAGCGACGCCAACUCUGGCCCGAGCGUCGCCCCUCAUGAACGCGCUUCCAUCUGUGGAACCUUCGGAGAAGAGCACGCUCCAGCGUACGGCCCCCGGCGGCGACGGCAAACCUUCCCUUCACGUGUAUCGCCGAUCAGACAGCUCGUCGACGGUCACGAGCAACGGAGAAGGCCCGGGAUCCGAGAACCAAGUGCCACCUGCAGUACUUCGGGCUCACAGCAGCGGACACCGCAUCGUUUAAGCUGCCGCCUUAACCGCGCGCGCGACAAUUUAUGUUAUCCCUGCCACGGUUGACCGGAACUGUGAAGCUCACGUCGACAGGCAGUGGUGCAUUGACACCGAACGCAUAAAGCUCCGCGCAGCUGCGUUAUUUAUAGCUACACGUAGCUAAUGUCUCCUGGGCUUCCACAUCCGAAUGUAACUAGUCCGCGCUCACCGGACCUAGCUCAAUUUUCCAAUCGCCCUCUUCGGCUCCCGGCAUUGGAACAUGAUGGCUUCUCCGACAAAGGUUCACCCUCUCCACGCUCCACAGGGGUGACGAUACCUCUGCGACUGAUUCUGACUUCAGGAAGCGAGAAGUCAAAGUCACGUCUGAAGAUCCGAGAGAACGCGGCAGGUGGUCAUUCCGAACAGACAAGUUGUAACCGAACUGCAUGCGUAGGAGAUAUGACUUAUGCGCAUCCGACAGACGAGUAUGCUAGUG